AUGACAAUCAGUUAUAUAUUGUCGUCGAUCGCAGUCCUCCUCAUUAGCCUAUUCUUCCUGUUCUUCAGAUCAAACCCCACGACACGAUCGGACACAAUGGCCAACACAAGCGCUACCGAAGCCCUAUUGGAUGAGUUGCGGCAAAACCCGGUGGACCCGAACUCCUUCGCGCGGCCAGACCUGAGUCGAGUCGAUCACAUCCUAUGGAAAGCGUUCGUCAACUUCGAGAAGCAGACAAUCGGCGCAACCGUUGACCUCACGGUCCAGAAACAGACCGAAACCGUCGAUGAGAUACUGCUCGACACAUCCGGCCUAUCCAUCGACGGAGUGACGGACGCACAGACCGGUCAACCCCUCAACUAUACGCUCAGUCCAUCAGUUGCUGUGUUUGGCGCCAAACUAACGGUCAAAUUGCCGGCGAGUGUCCGCUCGACGGUUCGCAUCGCUUACCGGACGAGUAGUAAAGCGACUGCUCUUCAGUGGCUUAAACCGGAACAGACGGCCGGCAAACGACACCCCUAUCUGUUGAGCCAAUGCCAGGCAAUCCAUUGCCGAUCUAUACUCCCAAUACAGGACACACCGGCUGUUAAGCAAACAUAUGAUGCGGCGAUCGUUGCGCCCAAAGAUCUCGUGGUACUCAUGAGUGCCGUACGCGACGGCACCGGCGCUGUUCACCAGUCAGACAACAGCGCGACCAAAGAGUAUCGGUUCAAACAGAAGAUAGCGAUUCCCAGUUAUCUAAUAGCCAUUGCUGUCGGAGAUCUGGUCUCCAAAGAGAUCGGACCGCGAAGUCACGUGUGGUCAGAGCCGGCGCUCAUCGAUCGGUGCGCCUAUGAGUUCGCAAACACCGAGAAAAUGUUGGCCACCGCUGAGUCGAUAGUCGGUCCCUAUGUGUGGGGUGUUUACGAUCUUCUAGUGCUUCCGCCGUCGUUCCCCUUCGGAGGAAUGGAGAACCCGUGCCUUACAUUCGUGACGCCAACACUAUUGGCCGGCGAUCGGUCUCUGGAGUCAGUGGUGGCCCACGAGAUCGCUCACAGUUGGACCGGAAAUCUGGUGACAAACAAGAAUUGGGGCCACUUUUGGCUCAACGAAGGCUUCACCACAUUCUUGGAGAAUAAGAUCGUCGGCCGUCUGAGUGGUGGCGAACCGAACCGUCAGUUCCGGGCAUUCGAAGGCCUGAAGUCGCUGAAGAACGACAUCGACAACUUGGGUCGGGACAGUCCGUUCACGAAACUACUCAUCGAUCACCGCGGAGUGGAUCCGGACGACGCCUUCUCCACCGUUCCCUACUAUAAGGGCCACACAUUUCUCUUCUAUUUGGAACAACUUCUGGGCGGACCCGAAGUGUUUGAGCCCUUCCUCCGCACAUAUAUCGAUAAUUUUAAGUACAAAGUGAUCGAAACCAACGACUUUCGGUCGUUUCUGCAGAACUACUUCAGCGACAAUAAGGAGGCGUUGAGUCGAAUAGAUUGGGGUCUUUGGAUCAACGGUACGGGAAUGCCUCACAUUAUCCCCGAUUACGACCAAACGCUGGCCAAAGAGUGCAUAGAAUUAGCGAAUCGAUGGAUAGCGGCUGCGGACACGGAUUGGUCGCAAUUCCGGGCCAACGAUAUCUCAGCGAUGGACGCGUGGCAAAGGGUCGAGUUCUUGAACAACUUGUUGGCCGCACCGGAGGGCAAGAUUAGCGCCGCCAAAGUCGAGGCCAUCACUCGGACGUACGGCCUUCAGGACAAUCACAACUCAGAGAUCCGUUGCCUGUGGUUACGGCUCUCUUUGGCCGCUCACUGCAAGGCCUACACCGCAGACGCCGUUCAGUUCAUCACAUCUCAGGGACGCAUGAAAUUUGUAAAACCUAUCUAUAAGGCUCUGUACGCGUGGGAUGAGACCCGACAGCUGGCCGUCGAUACGUUCAAAGCCAACGCACAUCAACUCAUGGAUAUGUCGGCAAAAGCCGUCGCUAAAGAACUUCAUCUCAAUGUCUAA